CACACUCACACACACACACACUCACACACACACACACACACACACUCUACUGUAGAGGUACGUUUAACUUCAGUGAAUACUUCAGUUCGAGUGCCGCUGAGCUCACCUGUCCUCAGGGUCCUCAGGUGACGAUGAUGAUGAUGAUGAUGAAGACCUGGUCCAGCUGGUUUCCUCUGCGGCGUUUGGCGGUGAUGACGUUCUCCUGCGGUUCUGUGAUGAUGCUCAUCUCCGUGUGCGAUGUUCGGGGCAGCGGCUGGUCUGCUAACGUUCCCUCCUCCGUCAGUGGGGUGUCUGGGCUCUGUGUCCACAUCCCUUGCAGCUUCACCUACCCUGGAGCGAAAGCACCGGCUGAUAAGUUGACGGGGAUCUGGUUCCAGGGCAACAUGGAGCUUCAGGUUUAUAACAGCAGGCACUGGGAGCUGGUGGACGCUCUGUUUCUGAACAGAACCAGACUGCUGGGUUCUCUGGACAGGAACGACUGCUCCCUGAAGAUCGGCCUGCUGGGGUCCAGGGACGCCCACAAGUACACGUUCCGAAUUGAGAUAGAAGGCCGAGACCAAUACACGUACAAGGACCAGCCGGUCACCCUCAGCGUGAGCGACAGCCCCCCGGCUCCCUCCAUGCACUGUCCCGGCGUCCUGGCCGAGGGAGUCGCCGUGUCUCUGGUGUGUGCUGUGCUACAUAACUGUCCCGACGCGGCUCCUGCGCUCCGCUGGAGCUCCGUUCAGGCCGAGCAGGCGGUCACUCAGUCGCAGGGCCGGCGGCGGGUCGAGCAGGGCUGGGAGGAGAGAGCGGUGCUGAAUCUGCUGCCCUCUGCUGGAACUCAUGGAGAACUGCUGCACUGCUCCGCUGUGUUCCCGAACGGGCUGAUGCAGCGCGGGCCCGAGUGCAGGCUGGUGGUCAACUAUGCUCCCAAAACCGUGGUGGCGAGCGUCCUGUCUCCGCUGGGAACGGUUUCAGAAGGUGACACUGUGAUUCUGUCCUGCCAGGCCGACAGUCACCCAGUGCCACACCUGUUCUCCUGGUUCCAGGGUCCGGAGGGCAGGGAGCAGCUGGUGAAGGGUCAGAGAGGGCAGGAGCUCUCAGUGGAGAAGAUAGCGAGGAACGCCGGCCCGUUCUGGUGUGAAGUGGAGAACUCUAUGGGUUCUGCUCGCUCUCAGCCGCUCGGACUGGAUGUUCUAUAUGAGCCAGAGGUCAUGAAGGAAAGCUGGUGCUCAGUGACCUCUGAUCAGGAGGAGGAGCUAAGCUGUGAAUGUGUCGCCUACGGCAACCCACUGCCCUCCAUACACUGGACUGUCUUACAUUCAGACGAGUGGAUAAACGGUCACAUGAACGUAUCUCAGUCAGAAGGACACAAAUCUGUGGUGAACCUCAGCGCUUCACCACCGUGGAACCACACAACCACAGAGCUGGUCAUACUGUGUGUGGCUGAAAACAGCUUGGCGUCCACCUCCAGGGCUUUCACACUGACCCGCAACACCACAUCAGAAGUUUCAGCCGUGUCCACUCAGAGAAGCUUGUGGUCAGUGUGGGCUCCCCUGAUGUGUUUGGGUCUGACCGUCAUGGUCGUACUCGCCGGCUAUCUGCUGCGCUCCCGCAGAGCCGCGUGUCUGAUGAAAAUGGAGCCGACUCGGCCCGAGAUGCUGUAAACUUCACUGCUGUGACCCGUUAGCACUGAAACUCAUCAUAACGAGACGCAACAUCAUGCCGACUUCUGUGGACGGAAGAAUGUAAUUUGAAAAGCAUUAUUUAACGCAAAUUACAC